GCGGCCAUCUUGUUGACAUGCCUGCCUCUAGCCGCACGUAGAUUUGAGUUGAGGCGAGCGGUAGCGAUGGCUUCCUCACGUCGAUAUCAAGAAAAGAUCAGCCUAAUCGGUGUGGACCCAUAUCAAAUAGACCCAACUGCCUUAAAAAAAGACCCGUCCUUAUUGCCAGCCGUAACCUAUCCGGAUAUUUAUAACUAUCUCGUUCAUACAGUAUCCGCAUACACUUCACAGGAGCUGAAGGCCUUCAAGACACUUGAGUCAUAUAACUUCUUCAUUUCUGGCAAAGUCGGCAACCUUCUUACUUUUGUUUCACCAACGACAUCGUCAAACAUUGCUGUGAUCGCAGAGGUUGAACACAGUCAGAAAUUAAGUGCCCCACCUCUGCGCCCAUGGGUUAUUGCCCAGAAGGAUGGCAUUAUUUUGGCUGCACACUGCACUUGCAUGGCGGGAUUAGGCGAAACAUGUAGCCAUGUUGGAGCGGUUCUUUUCGCCAUCAAGGCAGCUGUUUUGCUCCGUGAGUCCCAAACUGUGACAGAAAAACCUGCAUAUUGGUUACUUCCAAGUGGACAACCAAAGGAAAAGUACCUUGAAGUAGAAAACAUUGACUUUCACUCAAAAGCUACAAUCAAACACAAACUGUACACAACAUUUUCAGAAGGGAAACCAAUACAAUACAAGGACAAACAAAAGCUACCUGAUGUGUCAGAGCCAACAGAUGCUGAGAUCGCUACUUUCCUUGGAGAGCUGCAUGCUACAGGUGAUAAACCAGUCUUGCUGUCUGUCAUGGAAGACUAUGCAGCGUUCUAUGCUCCAGUGUCGAACACCGAUACUGGCCAGUCCCUGAGUGAGCUAUUCGAUGAACAGUGCAUUUCUAUGACAAGCGACCAGUUACUCUUACACUGUAGUACCAUUGCAGUUGACAUUUCCCAAAGGCAAGCUGACACAAUAGAACAGCAGACAAGAGAACAGUCUAAAUGUAAAGCCUGGUAUAGAUUUAGGGCUGGCAGAAUUACAGCCUCACGCAUGAAAGCUGCUUGUUCCACACCACCUGAGAAGCCAUCACAAAGCCUCAUCAAAAAUAUUUGUUACCCUCUAAGUGCAGGCUUUACAAGUAAAGCAACCACUUGGGGGUGUGAUCAUGAACAACAGGCACUAACUUGUUAUCGUCAGCAAAUGCAUUCACACACCAAUUUCAGAUUUGAGACCAGUGGUUUUGUAAUAAAUCCAGAACUGCCUCACAUAGGUGCUACACCAGAUGGGAUAGUACAUUGCGACUGCUGUGGUGAUGGUGUAGUUGAGGUUAAAUGUCCAUUUUGUGCACAUGAUAGCAUAAGCCUCAAAGAAUGUGUUGAUGGAAGAUUCUGUUUGGAGGAAUCUAAUGGCAAAUUACAGCUCAAACAUUCACAUGCCUACUACUUUCAGGUCCAGACACAGAUGCUUGUAUGCAAUAAGGAGUUUGCUGAUUUUGUUGUAUGGUCAGAAAAUGAUGUACACAUAGAGAGGAUAGAACCAGAUAUUGGACUCUGGGAAGUUAUCAAGUCAAAAUCUAGAGAUCUUUUUUUCAAAGCCGUUCUCCCAGAGCUUGUGGGCAAACUUUUCUCAAGGCCAUGUCCAUCAGCAAUGCCGACUGACACAGCUAAUGUGACUGAAGUGGAUCCCUCUGAACGCAGAGAAAAACCUUUCCCAUUAGACAUCAUCUGCGUGUGCAAGCAACCAUACAAAGUUUGUGACCGUGUGGUGCGUUGUCACAGUGAGGACUGCCUUCAUAUAUGGUUCCAUCUCUCAUGUAUGAACAUGAAACGUAUGCCUAAUAAGGGGAGCAAAUGGUACUGUUUGGUGUGUAGAGCUAAAGUGUGAUGGUACAGUAUGACACAUGAAAUGAAGUUUCUGAUUUAACAGGUUUUUAUUAUUCUUUGUAUUUACACAGUUAAUUGUAUUUUGUCAUUAUUUACAAAAAAUAUGAAAUUCAAUACCAUUUCUAAUGACUGCCU